AUGAUACUACUGAUUCUUUACUAUGUCUUUAAAUGGAUGACUGUUCCCUGGUCGUACUAUGAAAGUGCACGAUCUCGCCGUAUGAUCCAUCAGAAAUCCAGCAUUCUUCUAGAUGAACGAAAGCAACUUACUGAGCUCCAGCGUCGUGCGAUCAUUGCCGAAGAACUACGCCGGCAUGAACUCGUUGGCUUGUUCUGGGUUAUCAUUUCACCUCUGCUCGCAGGUUACACCUUACAGUACAGUCGCUACUUCCUGAGCAACUAUGAGCGCUACAUGAGCUCGUUCAACGUCGUCGUAUUCGUGCUUGCCGCAUCGUUGAAACCCUUGGCACAUGUGAUGACUCUCUUGCGCGAACGAACACUCUACCUCCAAAGCGAAAUGCAGGCAUCUGAAAGUCAGGUGCAGAUGUUGCAGCGCAAAUUAGACCUGAUGGAGGAUGAGCUGGAUACGUUGCGCAAAGCAUUUGCCACCAAGAAGGAUUUGGGACAGGUUACAGACGGACUUAACCCGACCAUCCAACAACUGGCCAAGACAUUGCGACGGUUCGAAAAGAAGGAAACCGGGUUGCGAUCAUGGUCUGAAGAACGCUUUUCGUCGAUCGAGCAAAAAGUGAACGAAUUCGACCAGUUCAUCUGCUAUCGUAUUGAGCAAGAUCAACGGCAAUCAGCACAUGGUAUGGUUGUUACGUUAAUCCUGUUGCCACUCAACAUCACGCUCUGGGUUGUCAAGCGCAUGACUGGAUUGCUGCCAGUGCCACGCGCAUUACUCGGCCAUGCCUCUACAACUGCUAAAUCGAACGUAGCAUUCCACCAUCAUAGUCACGGCAACAACAACAAUAACAGCAACAGCAGUAGUACCAGACGAAAUACAGGUAUUCCUGCAAAGCAUCUGACGCAUCCAGACUCAGAGACAGGAUCGAUCGCUGCUGCUGCAACAGAGAUUCCAGCGUCAAGCGAGCCUGCAGUUGCACUGAACCAGCACCGGUCAGUACAGCGCUAA